AAUCAUAAAUCAAUUGUGACUUACUAAACCAGUUACCGGUGUAUACAUUAGGAUAAAAUAUAAUUAUACAAAUAAUGGCACAUUCUAGGAGUAAAAUACUUCAAUUGUAUAAAAAUUUAAUUAAAGAAUCCUCAAAAUUUGAAGCAUAUAAUUAUCGCAACUAUGCCCUAAGGAGAAUCCGCGAUGGAUUUAAAGAAAAUAAAAAUGUAUCGGAUGUAGAUCAAAUUAGUAAAUUGAUAGAAAAAGCUGAAAAUAAUUUGAAUAUUAUUAAAAGGCAAGCAUUAUUAUCGCAGGUAUAUUCCACCGAUAAAUUAGUGAUCGAAAAACAGGAACCUCAUUCAACGUGAUUAUUUUAGAUUUUAAUUAUUAGUUUUGAAACCAAAUAAUUUAUUGAUAAUGUGUUAAAUAUAAAAUAGUUUAAAGAAUGUUCGAUUUUGUAUUUUUUUCACCCUAAUUUUGUUCACACAUUUAUCAAUAGUUUUC